AUGCGAAGAAAAAGACCAAGAAUUGAAGACAGCGGAAGUGACGGGAAUACGGAGGUGUCCACAAAUCCGUUUGAUAUGAGUCGUUGGAGCUACAUGAGAAGAAUGCUGGACCCGAUCAGCUUUAUGAUGGUCAACAUAAAGUUGCGAGACGAAGAUGACACCUCCUUACUCGAAUCGGAGGCCAGAAAGAUUGGAGCCGUCAUUCAAAACAUUCACACUUACCGGAUGCCGUGCGGAGAAGGCCGGUACUUCCAGAUAUUCUCCGCUUAUGAAGAGAACGCGGACAAAAUCAAAAGUGCAAUAGAUUCGGAGAAUUGGAUGGCACAGUGGAGAAUAAAUAGUCUUAUGGCGACAGACGCUCAACCGUUCUUCUGGCAUGGGCUGGGUUGCGGGAAUCUGUUCAAACUUGUGACGUACUGCACCAAGUUCACGAGAAGUCGCGAACUGUACACGACAGUGAGGGAUAAAUUGGACGCUCAAGAAACAGUGCGAGAGAUUCUCAGAUGCCCAGUGCAGCAUUCAAAUCCUCUUGGACAGGCAUGGUGGACAGCGAUUGGGAAAAAGCAUGAUGAUCGUGAGGCAAGAGGGAACGACGUUCCAUUAAGGAGAAUCCGUCCACGCAGAAGAUAA